AUGCUUGGGACGAUACCAGACGAGAUUAUUUCUCAUAUUUUGCAAUACAUUCCACCAGAGGAUAACCUACGUUGCUUCCAGUAUCUUUCCAAGCGAUUUCAGCGCCUGGCGAAUGAAGAACUGCUUUGGAGAUCUCACUGCUGCCUAUGUUUCAAAUACUGGGAUGCGCAUCAUGACUUCAAAGGGAAACUCAAACUAAAGGUCAAAGAGGUCGAUUGGAAGAAACUAUGGAUACUUCGACGACGGCAGAACGAAAAAGUUUCACACCUUCUCGAGGGUAUUCUGAAGUCGAAAGUUGGGCGUCUUCAAAAGUUUGAAAAAAUUUGUUUACUGGGCUACGAUGCCAAGGAUAUUCUCCUGGAGCAAUGCCACGUCGACGAGUCUGUAGAAGAUGUACUGGCUAGGAGGUACUACGCAAACGCGGCGCUGGGCAGCAUCCACCGGAGCAUUGCCGUCAAGGAAUGGUCCAAGUUUCAGCAGCCAUACUCGGGUCCGCGGCCGCUCGAGAGAGCCCUGGCCGGCUUCGACAUGUUCGUCUUGCACGACCAAGAGGGCGACAUCGAUGAUAUACAAAACGCUCUGGAUCGUUACAGUCGCAUGUUCCUGGAGAGCUGUCCCAACUUUGAAGAGCUGACAACUCGGCAAAAGGCACGGGCGCUGCUGUCCUGGGUGAGAUCGGAAAAUCUAACCGGUAUGGAAGAUCCGGCCGCCAACUAUCGAAACAUCCGCAACUGUCUCAUCGGCCAUGCUCUACUGGACGAAGGUCACCCAUCAUUGCCCUUGAUUUCAAGCGCCAUAUACUCUGCGCUCGCACAAAGGGUAGGCUUACGCUCCGAGUGCUGUGCUUUCCCGGCCCAUGUGCACGCCUCUGUGUUCGCACCUUCGAACGAAACCCUGGAUGGAAAACCGGUUGCAGACCCCACCGCGGAGCUGGAGGUCAUGUACCUCGACCCGUUUGAGUCAGAUCACGAGAUCGACGUUGAGGAGCUGCGCAUGAGACUGGAGGAUUUCGGCUGGGAGAAUGGGCGCGAUGCCUUCUUGAGGGCAUCUCCCGUUCCUGUCCUUGUGAACCGCACGGCGCACAAUAUCAGAGCUUCGUAUGUCCGGUACCAACACUCUUCCGAUGUCGAAGCGGCCAAGUUCUCGUUCCGAAGUGGCGACCCAUUCCUCAACAUGGAGGCACUACUGUACUCGGUGCUCUGGGUCAGCCUAUUGGUGACUCCGACGACAUAUCAACUGUGGGACAACAACUUGGAGCACUUUUUAAAUCGCUUCCACAAGUACUUCAGCGAAGAUGCAUGGAUGGUGCGCAAAUACCUCGCGCCCCUAUACGACGAGUUUGUUGCCACCCACGGCCGUUAUGGCGCCGCAGCGCGUUCUUCCUGGGGGGAUGUGCACCAGACGCUCGAUGUGGAGCACAACCUCGACAUGCGCACUCCCACUGUCAGCCGACGGUACACUCAAGCCAUCCAGAAGAAUGUGCGAUAUCGUGUCGGACAGGUUUUUGUGCACAAGCGGUACGGAUUCUCCGGCAUUAUAUACGGUUGGGAUGCCGAUGGCAUGAGCUCUAUUGCAAACUCACACGUUCUUCCUUUUGACGAGGGACACAACAUGGCUACUCAGGACGAGGAUGCCGAUGGUGAAACAUCCAACAGUCAGGAAACCGGUGGCAGCACCAGUGGUGAGAUGACGGGUCCUCCGGCCAGCCCUCGGGACCCACUAUCGCAAAUCUUUUACACGUGCAUGAAACAUGACAUUGAUCGCAUGACGGUUGCACAAGAUAAUAUUCAACUCAUCACAGAUCCAGACAUUGUGCCUGAGUCCCUGAUACGGUCUGCUGGCAAGUUCUUCAAGCGUUUUGAUAGGGAGACGUGCACUUUUGUAUCCAACGUAAAGGAGUUCUUCCCAGACGACUAG